UCGAAUCGCCUGCCCCGAAACGUCACUGCCGAACGUCACAAAAACACCUCGUAUAUCGAAGAGCAGCACAGCAAAAAGGCAAAAGCGCAAAGCGAAAACAUUGCAGCAAAACACUCUGUGAUAACGUGAAUAAUUAUACAAACCGGUUGCACUCUGUUUAAUACGCUGGGUCUUAAAAUAUGUCCAACAAAUACGAAAUCAGACCAUAUGCUAGCGACAGCGACGAUAGCGGAGAUGAGGUCUCGGACAUUGAUGUGGACAAGCUCGAGCCGCUUGAAGCAGGACCCGGGGAACAUAAGCUACAGUACACCUACUGUUUAUGGUUCGGCAAAAAGGGAUCACAUAGAGCGGCGGAGUACGACAAAUCCCUACACUUGGUCGGCCGAUGUGCCAGCGUUGAGCAGUGGUGGUCCCUGUACUGUCACCUAAUAAAACCUACCAGCUUGAAACCUUACCGACGGUUACAUUUGUUUAAGAGCGGUAUCAAACCGAUGUGGGAAGAUCCGAGCAACUCGAAAGGCGGUAAAUGGGUCAUCCGGCUGAAGAAGUCCAAAAUGGACCGGGCCUGGGAGAACGUGUGCAUGGCGAUGCUCGGGGAGCAGUUUCUGGUAGGGUCGGAAAUUUGUGGCGUCGUGCUGUGCACCCAGUACCCCGAGGACGUCCUGUCGGUGUGGAACCGGACGGCAACCGAUACGGUUAGCACCAACCGCAUACGGGACACGCUGCGGCGCAUACUAAACCUACCUCAAUCGCAGCACAUCGAGUACAAACCGCACGGCGACAGUCUGAAGUUUGUGCCAGCCUGAAUCGCCCCUGAAGUCUGGCACACGCAGCAAACCGCCACCAACAACCACUUCCAAAGUCUGAUCGUGUAGACUUUCUCGCCACAGCAUAUGUUUCGAAAUUUUAUUUCGAUUGUUUACACCUCCCCCGCCCCUCCCCGAUUUUUUCCAUAGCCCGAGAAAAGAAAAAAAAAUGGUGCGAUGAUCCAUGAACACAACACGCACCCUACAGCGGCAGCAUCAUCUGCAUCCAUUUUUUCCUACAAUAAACGUUCGUAUAUUAAAGAUUCUAUACAAACAUUACAACACGA